CAAACUUCCGUUCCCUUCCAGUCUGGAGCCGGCCAUUUUUUCGAUCAUUUUUAGGCUUUCUGUCCUGGAUCCGGAGCCCAGGUUUCUGUGCUAUGGAGAAGCUGAAAAGAAACCACAGGGAGACCGCUGAGAACCCUGAAAGCCAGGAAAUGGAACUGUUAACAUUCAGGGAUGUAGCCAUUGAUUUUACUGAAGAGGAGUGGGAAUGCCUUCAGCCUGCUCAGAAAAAUUUAUAUAGAGAUGUGAUGCUAGAGAACUAUAGAAACUUGGCCUUCCUGGCCAUGACUUCUAAUCACACCCAAGAAUAUUCACCAGAAAAGGGCCUAAAACAUAUAUUUCAUGAAGUGAUAAGUGCAAAAUAUAGAAGUUGUGAUCUUGGCUAUUUACAACCAAAGAAAAUAUGGAAAAGUACAAGUGAGAGUGAACACCAGAAAUCAUAUAAAAAAUCAGGCCUUGUUCACCACCAGAGAAUUUAUACUGAAGAGAAGUCCUACAAAUAUGAAAAAUGUUGCAAAGCUUUUAGUAAAAACAAAGGUCUUAUUUACCACAGAGGACCCCACAAUGGAGAGAAGCUCUACAAAUGUAAAGAAUGUGGCAAAGCUUUUGGUCAAAAAUCACACCUUAAUUGCCACAGUAGAACUCACACUGGAGAGAAGCCCUACAAAUGUACAGAAUGUGGCAAAGCUUUUGGUCGAAAAUCACACCUUACUUGCCACAUCAGAACUCACACUGGAGAGAAGCCCUACAAAUGUAAAGAAUGUGGCAAAGCUUUCAGUCUAAAAUCAAUCCUAAUUUGCCACAGUAGAACUCACUCUGGAGAGAAGCCCUACAAAUGUAAAAAAUGUGGCAAAGCUUUUGGUCGAAAAUCAAACCUUAUUUGCCACAGGAGAACUCACACUGGAGAGAAGCCCUUCAAAUGUAAAGAAUGUGGCAAAGCUUUCAGUCAAAAAUCACCCCUAAUUUGCCACAGGAGAACUCACAAUGGAGAGAAGCCCUACAAAUGUAAAGAAUGUGGCAAAGCUUUUGGUCGAAAAUCACACCUUAUUCGCCACAGGAGAACUCACACUGGAGAGAAGCCCUACAAAUGUAAAGAAUGUGGCAAAGCUUUCAGUCGAAUAUCAUACCUUGUUUGCCACGGAAGAACUCAUACUGGAGAGAAGCCCUACAAAUGUAAAGAAUGUGGCAAAGCUUUCAGUCUAAAAGAAGGCCUUAUUUACCACAGCAGAAGUCACACUGGGGAGAUGUCCUACAAAUGUAAAGAUUGUGGCAAAGCUUUUCGUCAGAAAUCACACCUUGUUAACCACAGCAGAACUCACACUGGAGAGAAGCCCUAUAAAUGUAAAGAUUGUGGCAAAGCUUUUGGUCAAAAAUCAUACCUUAUUUACCACAGCAGAAUUCACACUGGAGAGAAGCCCUACAAAUGUACAGAAUGUGGCAAAGCCUUUGGCCACAAAUCACACCUUGUUAACCACAGCAGAACUCACACUGGAGAGAAGCCCUACAAAUGUACAGAAUGUGGCAAAGCUUUUGGUCACAAAUCACACCUUGCUAAACACAGCAGUACUCACAGUGGAGAGAAGCCCUACAAAUGUACAGAAUGUGGCAAAGCUUUUGUUGCCAAAUCAAACCUUAUUCACCACAGCAGAACUCACAGUGGAGAGAAGCCCUACAAAUGUACAGAAUGUGGCAAAGCUUUUGGUCAAAAAAUAGGCCUUAUUCGCCACCACAGAACUCAUGGAGAGAAGCCCUACAAAUGUGAAGGAUGUGGCAAAGCUUUUACUCAGAAAACAGGCUUUAUUUGCCACAGAGGAACUCACACUAGAGAGAAGCCUUACAAAUGCAAAGAAUGUGGCAAAGCGUUCAGUCAAAAAUCACACCUUAUUUGCCACAACAGAACUCACACUGGAGAGAAGCCUUACAAAUAUAAGGAAUGUGGCAAAGCUUUUAGCAAAAAAACAGGCCUUAUUCACCACAACAGAACUAACACUGAAGAAUAGCCCUACAAAUGUAAAUAAUGUGGCAACCCUUUUACAAGUGAGAGUGAACACCAGAAAUCAUAUAAAAAAUCAGGCCUUGUUCACCACCAGAGAAUUCACACUGGAGAGAAGCCCUACAAAUGCAAAGAAUGUGGCAAAGCUUUUAGUCUAAAAACAGACCUUAUUCGCCACAGUAGAACUCACACUGGAGAGAAGCCCUACAAAUGUAAAGAAUGUGGCAAAGCUUUCAGUCAAAACUCACACCUUAUUCGCCACAGCAGAACUCACACUGGAGAAAAGCCCUACAAAUGUAAAGAAUGUGGCAAAACUUUCAGUGUAAAAUCACACCUUAUUAGCCACAGCAGAACUCAUACUGGAGAGAAGCCCUACAAAUGUAAAGAAUGUGGCAAAGCUUUUGGUCAAAAAACAGACCUUUUUAGGCACAGCAGAACUCACACUGGAGAGAAGCCCUACAAAUGUAAAGAUUGUAGCAAAGCUUUCAGUGUAAAAUCACACCUUCUUCGCCACAGCAGAACUCAUACUGGAGAGAAGCCCUACAAAUGUAAAGAAUGUGGCAAAGCUUUCAGUCAAAAAGCAGGCCUUAUUUGCCACAGUAGAACUCACACUGGGGAGAAGCCCUACAAAUGUAAAGAAUGUGGCAAAGCUUUCAGUGUAAAGUCACCCCUUAUUUGCCACAGCAGAACACACACUGGAGAGAAGCCCUACAAAUGUAAAGAAUGUGGCAAAGCUUUCAGUCAAAAAGUAGGCCUUAUUUACCACAGGAGAACUCACACUGGGGAGAAGCCCUACAAAUGUAAAGAAUGUGGCAAAGCUUUCAUUCUAAAAUCACUCCUUAUUUGCCACAGCAGAACACACACUGGAGAGAAGCCCUACAAAUGUAAAGAUUGUGACAAAACUUUCAGUCGUAAAGUAGGCCUUAUGUGCCACAGUAGAACUCACACUGGAGAGAAGCCCUACAAAUGUAAAGAAUAUGGCAAAGCUUUCAGUCAAAACUACACACUUGCUUAGGGUGCCCAUCUUUCAUUGUUAAAAAAUCUUUAGCUAUAUAAAAUUUUAAUACUCUAUGUCACAUUGUGAGUGUUUUAUUGAAUCUUAUAUCAGUUUAUGUAAUAAACAUGCUAUAUGUGAUUUCCUCAA